UCGCAUUUUGCUGAUAUCUCCUACUUCCAGUUUAAUUUAUUUAUUUAUUUAUUUAUUUUUUAAAUCAGUGAUCGAGGGAGACUAUAACUCCCUUCGGAGACAAAGCAAGACAAGAUCCGAAGGAGGUGGAGCCGAUUAAUGUCACUGUCACAUGCUUGUCGCAUGUCAGGAAGAAAUCUUGUUUUGUUUGGGAGCUGAUUAGUAGCUGAUUAACGAUCAAGGAGACAUGGAUGAAUCAUCAAAAGUACCAACAGUCUUAGUAACUGGAUUUGGCCCAUUUAGAAAUCAUACAAGAAAUUCAAGUUGGUUAACAGUGCAAGAACUUGUAAAAAUCCCUAUCACUGGAUAUAGAAUUAUUGCUAAAGAAUUGCCUGUUGAAUAUGAUACAGUUUCUAAGGAAGUUCCUCAUUUAUGGAAAGAAUACAAUCCAAAACUAGUCGUCCAUUGUGGCAUGUCCGAACAAGCCAAGUGUCUUGUAUUAGAGACCAAAGCACACAACAAAAAUUACUUAUGUGGUGAUAUUAAAGGGGAACUUCCUGCUCAGAACUGUAGCUGUAGUGAUGGUCCAGAAAUUUUAAGCACUUCAAUUGAUGUUGAUAAAGUAGUAUGUGAUAUUGACUCAACAAAUGUUUGCGUCAAAGCCCAAAAAUCAGAAGAUGCAGGAAUGUACUUGUGUGAAUUCAUAUUUUAUACAUCUCUAAGGAUAAAUAGAAACACAGCUUUUGUGCAUAUUCCUCCAGUUGACGAACCAUAUUCAGUAAAAGAUAUGGCUAAGACAUUAGAAGUUAUCAUUAGAUCCAUGUUAAAACAAGUUUUAUAAAAACAUUUACAAUUUAGCUAAUUUAAUUAUACAUCAUAUUGACCCUUCAGAAAGUAAUUUUUAUCCCGAAUUGGCAUUCUUUACAAAAAAAAAAACUUACAGCUGGUUGAUAACUAAAAUGCUUCAUGAUGAAAAAUAUUUAAUUACAUUUAACCAUGCCAAGGUAACUGAAAGUACUUGUGUGAUUGUUGUCUUUGACUUAAAAACAACAUUUUAAAGAGUUUUUGUAUCGCAAAUAGUAUAUCAUCCUAAAUAUUGUUGCUCUAUUUAACCAAAUUCAAUAUCUUAUUAAAUAAUAACUAAAUUUUUGAAAUUAAAUUAAAUAGCUGAAAUUGGGUAGAUUUUAAAGUAGAAUUACACACUUAGCCACGAAAUAUAUUGAAAUUGAAUGUAUUUUUAUAUUUUGUUUAUAUUAAAAUUUAAUGAUCUAUAGUUUUAAAUGUAUUGACAUAUUUGUACCGCAAAUAUACUAAAUAAAUUUAUA